GCCCCCGGGGCGGUGCUGGCGGGGGGCGGCGGGGGCGGUGCCUGCCCGGGCGGCGGGCGGGACGCGCCGAGCGGGGCCGGGCCGGCGGAGCGGGCGGCGGCGGCCUGGCACAGCGGAGCGGAGAGGAGCGGAGCGGGCCCGGCAGCGGCAGGGUGCCGUGUGGAGCCGGGGAAGCCGGGAUUCGCCAUGCCCGCACUCCCACCACCAACCACGCCGAGGCCGCCCGCCGCCCCCUCGCCCCGCUGAAGCCAUGGAGCUGCUGCUGCUGCUGCUGCUGCCACCACCACAGGCAUUUUGGCUCGGCAAGGGGACUCUUGGUGCCUCUGCCAUGGUGACAUGAAGCAGACAGCGAGGGACGCCCGACUGCUGGAGGGGAGAGAGCCUGCACAGGCGGCCUGCUAGUAUUUUAAUUUAUUAGUAGUAUUCAAUUUGAUUUUACCUAGUUUUUUGUUGGUUGGUUGCUUGCUUCUUCCCCUCCCCGGGGCUCGUGAGGGGAGGGGGCAGGCAGGGGAGAGGGGCCCCACCUCACCCAGCGGAUGCAAGGAUGACUGUGCUGGCCAGGGCCAGGCGGGGUAUCUGGCAGCUCUCUCCGCAGGUGGUGUUGCUCCUACUCUUUGCCUUCUGCCUGCUCAGUGUUUUUGUCUCUGCUUAUUAUUUAUAUGGGUGGAAAAGGGGCUUGGAGCCCUCUGGGGACGUGGCGGGGCCGGACUGCGACGAGCCCAAGGUCGCCCCUUCCCGCUUGCUGCCACUGAAGACCCUCAAGGUGGCCGACUCCUCCCGCACAGACCCCUUGGUGCUGGUCUUCGUGGAGAGCCUCUACUCCCAGCUGGGCCAGGAGAUUGUGGCCAUUUUGGAGUCGAGUCGCUUCAAAUACAGGACAGAGAUUGCCCCGGGGAAGGGGGACAUGCCCACACUGACCGAUAAGGACCGGGGACGCUUUGCGCUCAUCAUCUACGAGAACAUCCUCAAGUAUGUCAACCUGGACGCCUGGAACCGCGAGCUGCUGGACAAGUACUGCGUGGAGUAUGGCGUGGGCAUCAUCGGCUUCUUCAAGGCCAACGAGAACAGCCUUCUGAGUGCCCAGCUGAAGGGCUUCCCACUCUUCCUCCACUCCAACCUGGCACUGAAGGACUGCAGCAUCAACCCCAAGUCUCCCCUGCUCUACAUCACACGGCCCAGCGAGGUGGAGAAGGGUGUGCUCCCCGGGGAGGACUGGACUGUCUUCCAGUCCAACCACUCCACCUACGAGCCCGUCCUCCUGGCCAAGACCAAGUCAGCCGAGUCCAUCCCGCACAUGAGUGUGGACGCUGCGCUGCACACCACCGUGAUGCAGGACCUGGGCCUCCACGAUGGCAUUCAGAGGGUGCUCUUUGGCAACAACCUCAACUUCUGGCUGCACAAGUUGGUCUUUGUGGACUCUGUCUCCUUCCUGACGGGCAAGAGGUUGUCUCUGCCCCUUGACCGCUACAUCCUGGUGGACAUCGAUGACAUCUUUGUGGGCAAGGAGGGCACACGCAUGAAGGUGGAAGAUGUCAAGGCACUGUUUGACACACAGAACGAGCUGCGCACCCACAUCCCGAACUUCACCUUCAACCUGGGAUACUCAGGGAAAUUCUUCCACACAGGUACUGAUGCUGAGGACGAAGGUGAUGACCUGCUGCUGUCCUAUGUGAAGGAGUUCUGGUGGUUCCCCCACAUGUGGAGCCACAUGCAGCCUCACCUCUUCCAUAACCAGUCGGUUCUUGCCGAGCAGAUGACCUUAAACAAGAAAUUCGCUGUCGAGCAUGGCAUCCCCACUGACAUGGGGUACGCUGUGGCCCCCCACCACUCGGGCGUGUACCCUGUGCACGUGCAGCUGUACGAGGCUUGGAAGCAGGUCUGGUCCAUCAGGGUGACGAGCACGGAGGAAUAUCCACACCUGAAACCCGCCCGCUACCGCCGCGGCUUCAUCCACAACGGCAUCAUGGUACUCCCCCGGCAAACCUGUGGCCUGUUCACACACACCAUUUUCUACAAUGAAUAUCCUGGUGGCUCCAGUGAGCUGGACAAAAUCAUCAAUGGGGGUGAAUUGUUCCUGACUGUGCUCCUGAACCCUAUCAGCAUCUUCAUGACCCACCUGUCCAACUACGGCAACGACCGCCUGGGCUUGUACACCUUCAAGCACCUGGUCCGCUUCCUCAACUCCUGGACCAACCUGAAGCUGCAGACGCUGCCCCCCGUGCAGCUGGCACAGAAAUACUUCCAGAUCUUUUCCGAGGAGAAGGACCCACUGUGGCAGGAUCCCUGUGAAGACAAACGACACAAAGACAUUUGGUCCAAAGAAAAGACCUGUGACCGAUUCCCGAAGCUCCUCAUCAUCGGGCCUCAAAAAACAGGAACAACUGCUCUUUAUCUCUUCCUGGGAAUGCACCCAGAUCUGAGCAGCAACUACCCCAGCUCAGAGACUUUUGAGGAGAUACAGUUCUUCAAUGGACACAACUAUCACAAGGGCAUCGACUGGUACAUGGAAUUCUUCCCCAUCCCCUCCAACACCACCUCUGACUUCUACUUUGAGAAAAGUGCCAACUACUUUGACUCUGAAGUGGCUCCUCGGCGAGCUGCAGCCCUGCUGUCCAAGGCCAAAAUCAUCACCAUCCUCAUCAACCCUGCAGACAGAGCCUACUCCUGGUAUCAGCACCAGCGAGCUCACGAUGACCCGGUUGCCCUGAAGUUCACCUUCCACGAGGUGAUCACAGCGGGGCCCGAGGCCGCCCCGAAGCUGCGCGCGCUGCAGAGCCGCUGCCUGGUGCCGGGCUGGUACGCCACCCACAUCGAGCGCUGGCUCAACAGCUUCCACGCCAACCAGAUCCUGGUGCUGGAUGGCAAGCUGCUCCGAACUGAACCCGCCAAGGUGAUGGAGACGGUCCAGAAGUUCCUUGGUGUAACCAACUUCAUCGAUUAUCACAAGACCCUGGCGUUUGAUCCAAAGAAAGGAUUCUGGUGUCAGCUUCUGGAUGGAGGGAAAACAAAAUGCUUGGGAAAGAGCAAAGGGAGGAAGUACCCCGAGAUGGAUUCAGAUUCACGCUCCUUCCUGCGGGACUAUUACAGGGACCAUAACAUAGAGCUCUCCAAGCUCCUGUACAAAAUGGGGCAGACAUUGCCCACCUGGCUGCGGGAGGAGCUGCAGAGCACCAGGUAGCUGCUGCUGCCACCCCCAGCCACACAUGAGCGGGGCUGACCCUGUGCCAGCAGGACCUUCUCAGCAAUACCUGGCCUUGGAGGGGACCCCAGGAGUGCACAGCAUCACUGGAGGCUUGGAGGGGACCCCCAGGAGCAUAUGGCUGCACCAGAGGCUUGGAGAGGACCCCUCGGAGCACAGGGCUCCACUGGAGGCUGUCUGAGCACUGAUUCGACUCUGCAAUCCCUGUGCUCUCACCUCUCUGCCUGCCCCCCACCUGUAUCUCAUUUUAUUUUUCCUUUUUAAUUCCCAGUCCCUUCCCACCCUGCUCUGGCGUAGGGAAGUGGCACAAAUUCCCCUUUCUCUACUCAAAGAGGGUUGCAACUGCCUUGAGCCAAGGGCAGCACCAGAGCUGUCCCUCACUUCCUGGUCUGAGGGUGGAGGAGCUGUCCUGGGUGCACUGGUGGUCACUUUGCUGAGCUGGAGCAGAGGGAUGGAGCUGGUGGAUACCCAAAGCACAGAGGAACCCUCACCCACUCCUGCCAUCAGUCCCAUGGCAGGAAAUAGGAGAGUUUGCUGGAUUCCCCCAGCACCUACUUGGAAAAGCUAAGAACAAGGUGGACUUUUCUUUCAAAUUUCUUUGUCAUCUCUGUCAUCAUUUUCAAGUUCCUCAACCUCUGGCACCCCCUCCAUGGGCAGUGUGGUGGGAAUGUGGCCUGGCAGGAGAAGGGGCUAGCAUGCUGGUCUGGGCAUACUGGUCCCUGUAUGCUCAUACUGGUCCCAGUAUGCUCAUGGUCCCAGUUUGCUCAAGCCCAUCCUGCAAUCUUGUACACAUGUGGUAUUUCCUGUGGUAAAGCCAAGUGGUGCCCAGCACACCCUGGCAUGGAGGAGAGCUCGGGGGCAGAACAGACAUUGGGAUAACGGCAAUCAGAAGAAUGCUGAGAACUUCAAACCUCUUGAAUAUUAAAAAUGAAAGUAUUUUAAUAAUGUUGGGUUUUACCGGGGUGGGGCGGGUGGUUGUUCAUUUGGUUCGCCUUUUUGCAGGGAGGUGUUUUUCUUCAGUGCCAGAAUUUGUACCUAAACCCCGAGGGUUUUGCGUGGUCUCUUUGGUUGUUAGACAUGACAUGGACACAGGUCAGUGGGGAAAUGGGACAGUUUCCCAGAGGGAGACACAUCUCUGUACCAGAGCUGCAGCCUCUCCCAAGCCCUAGGAUUCGUUGGCACACGAGACUGAGCCAUCAGGGGUUUACAGGGAUGAGGGCCCACGUUUCCCCUUGCUUGGAGCUGCCCCGCAGGAUGUGGGAUGGCAGCGGUUCCGUGGGAGGGGGUGCAAUGCCAGGCUGCAGCCAGAGUGGGGCAGGGCAGUGGGGUGAAUGAAUUCUCUGCCCGUGUGAGGGGCCCCGCUGGCAGCAGCGUUCCCACCGGGAUGUUUCCCCUAUAGCAGCACGUGGGGCCAUGGAGGCUGUGCUGGGGGAGGCUCCCAAGCACUGGUGUAAGCUCCUGUUGAACUAACUGCUAAUAAAUGAGGGGCUCUGGUUUUA